AUGAAAUCCUAAUAUGAUAAGCUAUUUCCAAAUUUUAAGCCUCCUUCUAAAUUGGAUUCAGAUAUUAUCAUAAGAGCAAAAUAAUAUAUCUAAUAAAGAUAAAAGAAGAUAUGUUUCAUGCCAAGAAAAAUCUGUAAUGAAUCUAAGUAUACAUUAUUAUUAAGUCCAAAAUAAACUAUACAUAUACCAUCUAUAAUCACUGUUUCAUUAUCAAAUUAGUUGUAAUAUCAAAGACCUCUAAAAAGCUAUGAAAAAUCAAGAAUAUCAACUGCACGUUCAAUAAAGAGUGUUCCAAAACUUAAUAUAAAAAGUUUGAACUUUGGAAAAUCAAGAAUGUUUUUUGAUUAGAAAUUAGAAUUAAGAAGCGAAAAUAAUUCAAAAAAUGAUUUUUCUUUGAUUUCCCCUUGGUCAAAUAGAUGA